GUUUCUCUCCUCCCACUGAUGAUGGCCUGUCCCAAACAAAAGACGAAAACAAAUCGCACAUACAAAGGGACUUAAAGACUAGCGUGCGCUCUGUUCGCGUUCAUCCUCCCACUGACUGCUCAGCCGCAGACGAAGAUGGUUUCUCCUGUCACUGUGGUCAAGAGCGAGGGUCCAAAGCUGGUUCCGUUCUUCAAAGCCACUUGCGUCUACUUUGUUCUGUGGCUGCCCACCUCGAGCCCCUCCUGGUUCAGUGCCCUCAUCAAAUGCCUGCCCAUCUUCUGUCUUUGGGUUUUUCUGCUUGCCCAUGGCAUCAGCUUUUUAGGUGCCCACUCCAGUGCCAGGAAAAUCCUAGCGGGACUUAUUUUUUCAGCUUUGGGUGAUGCAUUUCUCAUCUGGCAGGAACAAGGCUACUUUAGUCAUGGACUGUUUAUGUUCGCCAUCACCCACAUUCUCUACUCUUCGGCCUUUGGGAUGAAGCCCCUCAACUUGAGAGCAGGUCUGGUCAUCUCUGUCAUCUCAGGUCUCAGCUACACCCUUCUGUACCCCUACCUCUCUGGUCCCUUCACCUACCUGGUGGCUGUUUACAUUGCUCUCAUUGGCUUCAUGGGCUGGAGGGCCAUCGCUGGAGUCCAGCUCGCCAAUGACCUCUGGACCUGGACGAAACUGUCUGCCUGCCUCGGAGCCGUCCUCUUCAUGGUGUCUGACCUCACCAUUGCCGUCAACAAGUUCUGCUUCCCAGUGCCCCACUCCCGAGCCAUCAUAAUGGCCACCUACUAUGCUGCCCAGAUGUUGAUCGCACUGUCGGCUGUGGAAUGUCAAGACGCAGACGCAGCUCGGAAAAGAGCCUGAGGAACCACAAAUUCACCAACCUUCCCCUAAUGACUCAACAUCAUUAGCAGCUACACAGGCUCCACUUUCUGCAACCCCUGGUCCAUCCACAGUUCCCCCAUCUGACCAUGACCAGGAUAUAUUGGUUAUAGUUAAGGAAUUGCCCGUUUAGGAUCAUGUGAGACCAUACCAAUGGGAGUAUUCCAUGCUGGAUUAAUUUACAAGGUUAGAUAGUCUUGGCGUCUUAAUCAUCUUGACUCUUGACUUAGUCAGAUCUCUUUCCAUACUUACAAUACUGAAUUUGCUUUCAGUAGUAGUACCAUCUUUUUGGUAUUGAGAAAGGAAAGACGGAUGAGUUUUGGCCUUUUGGUUACUAGUUUCAUAUAUUAAGUUUUUACCAACUUACAGUACCCCACUUGCUUUCCCAACAAGUGUUGUCUCCAUUUUGACAGAGACUGUCCCAGUGUCUUCUCAGUGUCUCUGAUAUCUUGUCCACUUCAGAGAGUCCCUGAUGACUUAUAUUGUGAGCAAAGGGUGAGUCUUGAGUGACCAGUGUUUGUCUGUAGAAUGGACUACGAAACAAUGCAAAAUAGUUCAGAUUCUUCUUAGGGGGCUGGUUUCCCUGUCUCACUGUAGAUUUCCCAAAUCUAAUCAGAGAGCAGCAUGAAAACCAUGUCACAAACUAAAGCGGAUAUAUUAGCAUAGUGCUGCUGUACUGAAAUUCAAUGCACAAGUCCAUGUCAUAGUAUUGUGAGGUAUACCUUUUUACAUUGCAAAGUCAUUUUGUUUCAUAACUUCGAAUUAGGACACAAACCUCCAUGCCUGCAUGCACAUGUGCUGGAGAAGUUGUCUUGUCAAGCCCAAUUGACUGCAACUAGUGCUAGCUAGCAUUGUCUCUGGAGUAGAUAAAGCCCGUAUCCUACACUACGUUCUGAGACGUGACCAAUACCAAUAGGAAAACACAGCGCGAGACUCUCAUAAAAAUGGAUGUCGGUCUCUUUCUUGGAGGGGAUUCGGUGACAGUGUCUGUUAUCUUUGUCUUAGGUUUCUGCCAAGUCAGCAGCAUUGCUCAGUACCUCUACCACAAGGAAACAGCAAAUAAGUACAAGUUGAACUAUUUAUUUUGUCUGUAUAGUAUCAGAUAAUGUUUGUAAAGAGGGCGUGAUGUCAGACGAUACAUAUGUAUCAAGCUUCCAACCACUUUCCUUUGUCUAUUGCCAGAAGGAAGCAUUUUACUCAAGGGAAAGUGGGAAGCCCUGUGGUGGGCAAAUAGACAUCUGUGUCGUCAGUUUUAAAUUAGCUGGUAUUUUAUUUUUAAGCCAGUAUUUUUUUUAAUUCUCACUAUUUUCUCAACACAUUCACAUCCAAUCCUCCACCUGAAAAUGUGUGAAAAUCUCACAGCGUGUGAAUAUUUCACAGUACAGUGUUCUCCUUUUUAUUGUGUGUGGUACUGUGCUUUUUUUUAUAGCUGAGUCACAUACUAGGGUGAAUCACAACAUAUUUUAAGUCAUAUUUCACUACAAAAUAAAAAGUAUAUAUUUUGCAUAAAGAAAAUGUCUUUUUUAGGAUCAUAAAGUUUUUUGGGGUUUUUUUGCAUUACAUUAUAGGUGUUUUGCUUUUGUUUGUAUUUGUCAUUAUUCUCAGUAAUGAUUCUCAUUAGAUUUUCAGUAAUGUGUAAUUCAGUUUAUUACAAAUACAAAAUUGAAUUCAUAUAAUUAAUAAGAACUUAGCUGACAUAUUAAAUAUCAAUAUCGGUCAAUAAAAGUGGUACUAAACUAGGCUUCAUUUUAUUUAUGCAAAAUAUUCAACUAUAAAUAAUAUUUUCUUUGGGGUGAAAUAUGACUAGGACAUUUUCUUGACAGGUUUUGUGAGAUUUAACACAAACGUCACAUGUACUGUAUUUCUAAUCAGUUGAUUUUGAACUGAUUGUUGUUUUUAUAUAUAAAUCUCAAUAAGGGAUCAUCAGCUGAUGGAAAGUACAGCUUGGGCUGAUAUGUGCUCAGCUGUUGUACCCUCAGGUGUGAGUGGAAAUGAGGUUUGAAUACAAACACAGCUGAUCACUCAACAAUGGUCCAUUUUGAAGUGAUACAACGUCUUUAACCUGGUCGUGAUGCGUGGGACAACAAUAUCCAGUGGUGGACUGGCGGUAGACUUUGAAUGAAAAUGGUGCCGUACUCUUGUGUACACUCUUGGGUAACUUAAUUUUUUUCAUUCAAAGACUUGUUUUCAUGCACAUCAGAUUAAAUAAGGUGUCUACCCAACCCUGUUGGCCAUUGUGUCCAGCACAUAAAUGCUAUUGUCGUUAUCAACACACACACACUCAGCUCAACCGCUGAGCUCUCGAGAAACAGCGAGGCUAUUUUGACACAUUUGCUUAAUGCCAAGUUUCAUAGGUUCCCUAUUCAGGGGUCACAUUGUCAGCAAAACAUUUCAGCUUAGUCGCAAAACCGUACGUGAUUUGCAAAGUCAUCAAACAGCAUGUCUCUUCAGAGCCAUUGUGAGUCAAACUGCAAAUCGGUUAUGUGUUGUGAAGGUCCAACAUUUUGAGUGAGGUUAUAAUUGUUUUCAUGAAAAUAAGAGUUGGAAAGACCCCAGAGCGUUCCCCUGAAUCUAAUUUUAGGGACUUUACUUUUUAGUGAUUUAGAGUCACUUCUUAUAGUAAAUGUUAUGUAACCAUUGUUUGAUGGCAGUAUUCCUGCUUAGCAUUUCCUUUCUUCCUUGUUUACAAUCUGCUGUCACCUCCCAGAUGGUUAGAAUUCGACCUUGCCUGGGCGUUUCCUUCUCUAUUGUGUAAAUGCGAACACCAUAGAGGAGAACAGGUGCCUUCUGUUUCCAUCACUGAAAUGCUGUCUGUUGAGAAGUGUGGAGACAGUCACUGGCACGGGGAAGACUUCCUUUCCAUCUGGCUUUGCUUUAGUUCGCGACCUUAUUCAAAUGGCAAUGAGCGCGAUCGUUUUACCCCCUCUGUCAGCGCUUGUGUGUUUGAUGCUUUUGUGUCGAGUCGAGGGGGAUGAAACAGAAUGCGGGGAGUUCAGUGGGUUCAGUAUUGAUGACAGUGUUUAGGUAUAGCGAUCCUGUUGUUGAAGAUAACGAGGAAUAAACCACUUGGUUCAAAGCACACCACUGAGUGAUGUAAAUAUCUGCACUUUUCCAUUUUAUCUCUUUAUAAACCUCCUGAAAUUCUGUAUUUGAGAUUUAGACCGGAAAUGUACUCUACGCAAAUGCUUGACGCAAUUCCCAAAGGCCAAUUUUGUGCAUAAUAAUGUCAGGUUACAGUUCAUAAAGUGAUGCAAGUAUGUGCUGCAUUCUCAGCAUUGCCACAAGGGGCACUAUAAGCUGUUUUUUUUUCUUUCACAUCAAUCGUUGUCAUGGAAGAGCUACAGUUUGAAGAGCAUCUUACUGAGCAAUUUAGUUUAAUGAUGUUUAUAGCUAGCUACCUGAAUAAAGGCCCGCUCACAACAAGAACGAUAUCUGUGAAGGUAACGAUAACUCAAGCUCUUUAAAGUCAAAUGGAUUCUGAUUGACAUCAAUGUGUUUAUAGUUCUUCAGCUGGAACAAAAGAAUUGUUCUGAAAGUGAUUCCAACGAUUUCACUCAUCUGUGACGUUAACGUUAGGCCUGUAAAGUGGACUUUGUGGACAUUGUCAUAGAAUGUUUUCGUUAUAGUUAAGGCCCAUUCACAAGAAAAAUUAGAAUUAAAUUAAUUUUAGUUGAAUCUAAAAAUUAGAUUAAAUUUGAAGCAAAAACAGAAUGGUUUGACUUCAGUUUUGUGAAACUAUACAUAAAAAUAUC